GUGCUAAGCCCUGAUUUCCUUUCGUUUGGAGUGCGGGAAUGUCUUCAGUGUUAUUUUCUAAAGCAAAAAUGAAUAAAGUAGAUGUAUUUAUUAUCGGUUAAUUUGAUAUAAAACAGUCCUUUUCGGGCUCAUGGCGAGGCCAUCUUGCGAGGCCUGAGGGAAGGGCCUGAAGGAGACUAGGCCGCGCCCUCUUUUCACCUCAAGCAGAAGAAGGUUCUUCAAUGUUCAAAAUUUCUAGGAGUUCAGAUUAUCUGCAGGAUGCCAUACCUUGGAUCAGAGGAUGCUCUGAAGGAGCUGAAGAGAGCACUGUCUAACCCACAUGUACAAGCUGAUCGGCUCCGCUAUAGAAAUGUUAUUCAGCGUGUGAUCAGGCAUAUGACACAAGGUGUAGAUGUGUCUGGUGUUUUUAUGGAGAUGGUUAAAGCUAGUGCCACUGUGGACAUUGUUCAGAAGAAGUUAGUUUACUUGUACAUGUGCACAUAUGCUCCACUGAAGCCCGAUUUAGCUCUCCUAGCUAUCAACACUCUAUGCAAAGAUUGCUCAGACCCAAACCCUAUGGUUAGGGGACUGGCCCUGCGCAGCAUGUGCAGUCUCAGGCUGCCUGGCAUACAGGAAUAUAUACAACAGCCAAUCCUGAAUGGCCUGCGAGACAAAGCCUCUUAUGUUAGAAGAGUAGCUGUUCUUGGAUGUGCAAAGAUGCAGAAACUCCAGGGAGACUGUGAAGUGGAUGGUGCACUUGUGAAUGAAUUGUAUAGUUUGCUUCGUGACCAGGAUCCUAUUGUGGUGGUGAAUUGUCUGCGGGCCCUUGAGGAGAUUUUGGCACAUGAAGGAGGAGUUGUUAUCAACAAGCCCAUUGCCCACCAUCUUCUUAAUAGGAUGCCUGAUCUAGACCAAUGGGGUCAGAGUGAGGUACUGACCUUUCUGCUGCGCUACAAACCCCGUAGUGACGAAGAACUCUUUGACAUCCUUAACUUAUUGGAUAGUUAUCUGAAGAGUAGCAGCUGCAAUGUGGUCAUGGCUGCCACUAAACUCUUCCUUGUGCUGGCUAGAGACUUUCCUCAUGUGCAGACAGAUGUCCUUGUGAGAGUGAAGGGUCCACUCCUGGCUGCUUGUACCUCUGAAAGUAGAGAGCUCUGCUUUGCUGCUCUGUGUCAUGUGCGCCAGAUCUUAGACAGCCUUCCUGGCCACUUCAGCAGCCAUUACAAGAAGUUCUUCUGCUCUUACUCAGAACCAUAUUACAUCAAGUGCCAGAAAAUGGAGGUGCUGUGCAAACUGGUGAACGAUGAGAAUGUACAGCAGGUCCUGGAGGAACUGAGGGACUACUGUACUGACAUCUCAGCAGAACUUGCACAGGGAGCAAUCUUUGCCAUAGGAAAGAUUGCAAGGACCUAUACAGAGCAAUGUGUAAGAAUCCUAACAGAGCUUCUUGAGUUGAAACAAGAGCAUAUAACUUCAGCUGUGGUGCAGGUAUUCCGUGACUUGGUGUGGUUGUGUCCACAGUGUACAGAGAGCGUCUCUCAGGCUUUACCUGGCUGUGAAGAGAAUAUUCAGGAUAGUGAGGGCAAGCAAGCAUUAAUCUGGCUUCUGGGAGUGCAUGGGGAGAGAAUUCCCAAUGUCCCUUAUAUCUUGGAAGAUUUUGUUGACAAUGUAAAAUCAGAGACAUUCUCAGUAGUGAAGGUGGAGUUGCUGACAGCAUUGGUACGCCUCUUCAUAGCACGUCCUGCUGAAUGUCAAGACACGUUGGGCCGAUUGCUUUAUUACUGCAUAGAAGAGGAAAGAGACAUGACAGUUCGGGACCGUGCUUUGUUCUACUAUCGUCUUUUGCAAGCCGGCAUGGAGGAGACAAAAAGAGUUCUGUGCAGCCCAACAUCCGAUCACUCUCUACGACUUCUGGAAGAACAGGCCGAAAGCUCUGUGAACCUGUGGGCCUCUGACUUCAACACUUUGGUGCCCAUCUAUGGCAAAGAACAUUGGACAACUAUGACAGCCAACCAGGUUUUGACUGAUCUUCAUCAUGCUGACUCGCCUUGUGAAGACGCUUCCACGGUGAGCAAAGCACCCCCAGUGACAGAAGAUAAGGAUGAAGCUCCUUCUAAUAACACCAGUUCAAGCGAUUUUACUCUAAUGCCCAGCGUGUGUCUGACUGCUGAGCAGUUUGAGAGGACUUGGAUAAAUCUGGAUGUGGGCUGCCAGCAAUCUGUUCCCUGGCAGGAAAUGGUGUCACCAGACGCUAUAAAGGCUGCAUUGCAGGUUGUUCAUAUCCAGACCAUUGCAAUGAGCAAAGCUGGUUCUCAGCUGUGGAAAGCCUAUCUGGCAGCCCAGGAUGACACUGGCUGCCUUUUCCUGACUGAAUUGCUGCUUGAGACUGGAGGGCUUGAGAUACAAAUGUUGGUGAAGCAGAGUGAUAACAAGCCUGAAGUGCUGCGGGCCUUUGUCUCAGUCUUGAAGACUGUGCUUGGGACAGUAGCAGGACUGACAUGAACUUUUUUAAACCCCUGUUAUUAACUAUAGUGGGAGGAUCCAGUACUUUUUUUUGUAUGAUUAACUUUACUAUAUUCUUCAGGCUAAAGUUUUACGAAUUGCCAGUAAAGCCUUUUCACAAUCCUUUGUUCCAAGAAUGAUAGGAAUCAGUGAUGUCAGUGAUCAAUACCUAGGUUUACUGGUUUGGGGGGAAAACUCUCCAGGCACUAAUUCUCUCUAGGAUCUUUAGGGCUCAAUGUUUUAAUAAUGGACAAGUAACUGCAAAAUGGAAAAGAAGUUGGCUAAAGCAAAAACAAUUUAUUUAUUAAGAAGACAGAAAAGAUAGAGUUAGAAACCUAACAACUUUACCCCUGACCAGUCUAAAGAUGCUGUGAGUAAAGGGGCUUCAGACUAACACACACAUGAAUUCUCUCUCCCUCUGAUUUAAAGAAAAGUCCAAAUACGGCAGAGAAACUGGUUCUGGUGAAGAGGACUUUAGACAUUUCUACUGCUCUUGCUUCUGUGGAAAAUCUUGUGGAAUAUCUCUCUGGAAUCGUCUGGAAUCAGUUGGGCCUUUUCUCUGAGGUCUCUGCCUUUAUAAAGAUUUAUAUAUAAA